UUGUGAUAAAUAGUUCAGUUUACAGGCCCAAGCUACUCUGCUGGACGAGUUUUGCGUUUGGAUGUCUCUUUUGGCAUAGAGGACACACGCGUAGAGGACUAUUGCGAGCGCUACCUUUGAGGCUGCAUCAGUGGUGCUGAAACGGACAGCGACAGGCAGCGCGAUCGAAUGAGACGGUGCUGCGGCUUCUAGAAGCAACUGGAGUUUUCUAUCAUCGCGGUUCAAUUUCAUACGAUUAACAAUCCUACUCACAAUGGACUAAUCAUUAGUCUGUCGGUAGCUACAUCUAAAAUAAUUAUGUUAUUGGUAAAUACGCAUUCUUAUAGAUUUCGAAUGUCCGGGACUACACCAUUUACUCUUUUCGAUUGAGUAGACACAGCCGGAUGUCCUGGAUGAAACACAAAUAAAGUGGAACUAGCUGUAGGAUGAAAACAUGGCCGCGGCUGGUCUUCCACCCCCAGGACCUGACAGCUUCAGGGAGUUCACCCGCGAAUCGCUCCUUGCCAUCGAGGAGCGCCAGUUCCAGCUUAAGAUCAAAAAGCCCAAGCCCAAGACUGACAGCAGUCACCGUGAUGAUGACGAGGAUGAACUCCAGCCCAACGGAGAUCUGGAGGCAGGGAAGUCCCUCCCCUUCAUUUACGGGGACAUCCCCAACGGGCUGGUGGCCGUUCCAUUGGAGGACUUGGACCCCUAUUAUAUGAAUGAGAAAACAUUUAUAGUCCUAAACAAAGGGAAAACAAUCUUUCGCUUCCACGCCACGGACUCCUUAUACGUCAUCAGCCCUUUUAGUCUCUUUAGGCGAAUAGCAAUUAAGAUUUUGAUACACUCAGUAUUUAGUAUGAUCAUCAUGAGCACCAUUUUGACCAACUGUGUUUUCAUGACAUUUAGUGAUCCUCCAGAAUGGAACAAGAUAGUAGAGUAUACCUUUACAGGUAUCUACACUUUCGAAUCACUCACCAAGAUUGUGGCACGUGGCUUUUGUAUAGACGGGUUCACUUUUCUACGAGACCCAUGGAACUGGCUGGACUUCAUGGUGAUCUCUAUGGCAUAUAUAACAGAAUUUGUGGACCUCGGAAAUGUCUCGGCGCUGAGAACGUUCAGGGUUCUCCGAGCAUUGAAAACUAUUUCUGUCAUUCCAGGUCUCAAGACCAUCGUCGGUGCUCUAAUCCAGUCGGUGAAGAAAUUGUCAGACGUUAUGAUCCUCACGGUCUUCUGUCUCAGUGUCUUCGCUUUGAUUGGACUACAGCUCUUCAUGGGCAAUCUGCGGCAGAAAUGUGUCAUCUGGCCAAUCAACUCCACUGAGAACUACCUGGCCAAUGGCAGCAAGGGCUUCGACUGGAGUGAAUACAUCAUGAACGACACCAACUUCUACUUCCUCCCUGGGCAGCUGGAUGCUUUACUGUGUGGGAACAGCUCAGACUCAGGGCGGUGCCCUGAGGGCUACACAUGUAUGAAAGCUGGGAAAAACCCAAACUACGGCUACACCAGCUUUGAUAGCUUUGGCUGGGCCUUCCUCACGCUUUUCCGCCUAAUGACACAAGACUUCUGGGAAAACCUCUACAUGUUGACAUUACGAGCGGCAGGGAAAACCUACAUGAUCUUCUUUGUGUUGGUGAUUUUUGUUGGCUCCUUCUACCUGGUCAAUCUGAUCCUGGCUGUGGUGGCCAUGGCCUAUGAGGAGCAGAACCAAGCCACGAUAGAGGAGGCGGAGCAGAAAGAGGCUGAGUUCAAAGCCAUGCUGGAGCAGAUCAAGAACCAGCAAGAGGCUGCACAGGAUGCCCAGGCUGCUGCGAUGGCGACCUCGGCAGGCACAGUGUCUGCAGGCGACGCGGUCGAAGGGGGUGAUGCAACAGAAGGCGGGGGUCAGCUGUCACGCAGUUCCUCUGAGGCCUCCAAACUAAGCUCCAAGAGCGCCAAGGAGCGACGCAACCGCAAGAAGAAAUGGCGCCAAAAAGAGGAGGAGAAGAAAGAGAAGGGAGAGAAAGGCGAGAAAGUUGACCAUGAGAAGCAUGUCAAGUCCGAGUCGGACGACGGCAGCAAAAGGAGCACUUUCCGUUUCCCGGGCAACAGGCUGGGACGUAAGCCGUCCAUCAUGAACCAGUCUCUCCUUUCUAUCCCGGGCUCACCCUUCAUGUCGCGCCACAACAGCCGCAGUAGCAUCUUCAGCUUCAACAAAGGCCGCCAUCCCAAGGACGUGGGCUCAGAGAACGAGUUUGCCGACGACGAGCACAGCACCGUGGAGGAGACUGAGGACCGCCGGGGCUCUUUGUUCAUCCCCUACCGCCGCAGCAGCUACAGCGGCUACAGCCAGGGCUCGUCACGCCUCAUCAACCCACUGGCGCCCCACACUGGAGGGAAGAGGAACAGCACGGUGGACUGCAACGGCGUGGUGUCACUCAUCGCUCACCAGCCCGGCGGACGCCUUCUGCCUGAGGUGAAAAUAGAUAAGGCAGCCACUGAUGACAGUACCACAGAGGUGGAGGGGAAGAAGAAACACUCGGGCUCUCUGAUGGUGUCUGUGGACCAGCUUGGUCGCAACAAGGACCAGGCCAACAGUGUGAUGAGCGUGGCCACACACACACUGUCACACACUCUGAUGGAGGAGUUAGAGGACUCUCAGCGGAAGUGCCCGUCGUGGUGGUACAAGUGUGCCAACAUCUUCCUGGUGUGGGACUGUUUUCCCUUCUGGCUGAAGAUCAAGUACGUCCUCAACCUGAUCGUCAUGGACCCCUUCGUGGACUUGGCCAUCACCAUUUGUAUUGUCCUCAACACCCUCUUCAUGGCCAUGGAACACUACCCCAUGACUCCGCGCUUUGAGGAGACUCUGUCAGUGGGCAACCUGGUUUUCACUGGUAUCUUUGCUGGUGAGAUGUUUGCCAAGCUGGCCGCCAUGGAUCCUUACUACUACUUCCAGGAGGGCUGGAAUUGUUUUGAUAGCUUCAUCGUGACCCUCAGUUUAGUCGAGCUGGUGCUGGCUGACGUGGAGGGUCUGUCCGUGCUCAGGUCAUUCCGACUGCUGAGAGUAUUCAAACUGGCCAAGUCGUGGCCCACCCUCAACAUGCUGAUAAAAAUUAUCGGUAAUUCAGUGGGAGCUCUGGGUAACCUGACCUUGGUGCUGGCCCUGAUCGUCUUCAUCUUUGCCGUGGUUGGCAUGCAACUGUUUGGAAAGAGUUACAAGGACUGUGUGUGUAAAAUCGCUGAAAGCUGUAAGCUGCCCCGCUGGCACAUGAACGACUUCUUUCACUCAUUCCUCAUGGUGUUCCGCGUUCUGUGUGGGGAGUGGAUCGAGUCCAUGUGGGACUGCAUGGAGGUGGCCGGCCAGAACAUGUGCAUGGUGGUCUUCCUGAUGGUCAUGGUCAUAGGCAACUUGGUGGUAUUGAACUUGUUCCUUGCCUUGUUGCUGAGCUCGUUUAGUGCUGACAACCUGGCCUCUUCAGAUGAUGACGGAGAACAGAACAACUUGCAAAUAGCUGUAAUUCGAAUAAAGACGGGGAUUGCCUGGGCCAAGGUUUUUGUUGCUGAGGUUAUGAAGAAGGAGGGAGAAGCCGAAGAUGAACAGAAGCCGCUUGAUGAGUUUGACGAAAAGUUAAACUGCAUCGCAAACCAGAAGGGCAUAGACAUCAACCGUGAGUUGGACUUUGUCAACGGUACUACCAGUGGCAUAGGCAGCAGCGUGGGCAAGUACAUGAUCGACGAGGACCACAUGUCCUUCAUCCACAACCCCAACCUGACCGUGUGUGUUCCCAUUGCGGUGGGGGAAUCCGACUUCGAAAACCUCAACACGGAGGAUUUCAGCAGCGAGUCAGAUGUGGAGAACAGCAAAGAUCUGGAUGACACCAGCUCUUCGGAGGGCAGUACUAUAGACAUCAAGCCUGAUGUGGAGGAGGUGGUGGUUGUGGAGGUUGUGGAGGAGUUCCUAGACCCAGAUGCCUGCUGGACAGAUGAAUGUGUUGCCAAGUAUAAGUGUUGUUACUUGCCCAUCGAUCAUGGCUGGGGGAAACACUGGUGGUUCCUGAGGAAGACAAGUUACUUGAUUGUGGAGCACAACUGGUUUGAGACCCUCAUCAUCUUCAUGAUCUUGCUUAGUAGCGGGGCAUUGGCCUUUGAGGAUGUGUACAUAAAUAAAAGGAAGACCAUCCGGAUCAUCCUGGAGUACGCUGACAGCGUGUUUACCUACAUCUUCAUCUUGGAGAUGUUACUCAAAUGGGUGGCCUAUGGCUUUGUCAAAUACUUCACCAACGCCUGGUGUUGGCUGGACUUCUUCAUUGUAGACGUGUCUAUAAUCACACUUAUAGCAAACGCAUUGGGCUACUCUGAUCUAGGGCCUGUGAAAUCACUACGGACAUUGAGAGCCUUGAGGCCCCUGAGGGCCCUGUCUCGCUUUGAAGGGAUGAGGGUGGUGGUGAAUGCCUUGGUAGGAGCCAUCCCCUCCAUCAUGAACGUGCUCCUGGUGUGCCUCAUCUUCUGGCUCAUUUUUAGUAUCAUGGGGGUCAACCUGUUCGCUGGGAAGUAUUACUACUGCUUCAAUGAGACUUCAGAGGAGAAUUUUCAACCUGAUGUGGUCAACAACAAGACAGAGUGUUUUGCCCUUAUCAAUGCAAAUUACACUGAGGUCAGAUGGAAGAAUGUCAAGAUUAACUUUGACAAUGUGGGUGCAGGGUACCUGGCACUCCUACAAGUGGCCACGUUUAAAGGCUGGAUGGACAUAAUGUAUGCUGCCAUUGAUUCUCGGAAGGUGGAGGAUCAGCCGAUCUAUGAAGACAACUUAUACAUGUAUAUCUACUUUGUUAUCUUCAUCAUCUUUGGCUCUUUCUUCACCCUCAAUCUCUUCAUUGGUGUCAUCAUUGACAACUUCAACCAGCAAAAGAAAAAGUUUGGAGGUCAGGAUAUAUUCAUGACAGAAGAACAAAAGAAAUACUACAACGCCAUGAAAAAACUUGGCUCCAAAAAACCACAAAAACCUAUACCGAGACCAUUGAAUAACUUUCAGGGCAUGGUAUUUGACUUCGUGACACAGCAGGUCUUUGAUAUUUCUAUUAUGAUGUUGAUCUGCCUCAACAUGGUGACCAUGAUGGUGGAAACCGACGAUCAGUCAGAAGAAACUGAGAAUAUCCUCUAUUGGGUCAACUUUGUCUUCAUCGUUGCCUUUACUACUGAGUUUGUGUUAAAGCUCUUUGCCCUUCGUCACUACUACUUCACCAUUGGGUGGAACAUCUUUGACGUGGUUGUGGUCAUUCUCUCAAUUGUUGGCAUGUUCCUUGCAGACAUCAUCGAGAAGUACUUUGUCUCCCCAACCCUCUUCAGGGUGAUCCGACUGGCCCGAAUUGGCAGAAUCCUACGUCUGAUAAAGGGGGCUAAGGGCAUUCGGACUCUACUGUUUGCCCUGAUGAUGUCACUUCCUGCCUUGUUCAACAUUGGGUUGUUACUCUUCCUAGUUAUGUUCAUCUUCUCUAUCUUUGGCAUGUCCAACUUUGGCUAUGUCAAGCAUGGGGCCGGAAUCGACGACAUGUACAACUUUGAGACAUUUGGCAACAGCAUGAUAUGCCUGUUUAUGAUCACCACGUCGGCCGGCUGGGAUGGUUUACUGUUACCUAUCCUCAACUACCCCCCGGACUGUGACCCUCUCCUGGAGAACCCAGGUGCGCCGAAUACUGGUGAUUGCGGCAACCCCUCUGUGGGGAUCUUCUUCUUUGUCAUGUACAUUAUUGUCUCCUUCCUAAUUGUGGUCAACAUGUACAUUGCCAUCAUCCUUGAGAACUUCAGCGUUGCAACUGAAGAGAGCGCCGACCCGCUCAGCGAAGACGACUUCGAGACCUUCUACGAAAUAUGGGAGAAGUUCGACCCAGACGCCUCGCAGUUCAUCACCUAUAGCAAGCUUGGUGACUUUGCAGACUACCUCGAGCACCCGCUCCGUGUUCCAAAGCCCAACACCAUUGAGCUGAUAGCCAUGGACAUGCCCAUGGUCAGUGGGGACCGGAUCCACUGCCUCGAUAUUCUGUUUGCAUUCACCAAGCGGGUACUAGGCGAUAGCGGAGAGCUGGACAUGCUGAGAGAUCAAAUGGAGCAGCGCUUUAUUGCGGCGAACCCGUCGAAAGUGUCUUAUGAGCCCAUUACCACCACACUGAGGCGCAAGCAGGAGGACGUGUCGGCCAAAAUCAUCCAGAGGGCCUACCGAAACUACCUGGCCAGGCGUGGCUUCAAAUGCAAGCGCAGACCAGCCAAUAACAAUAACGUGAAGAAUGGUGGGACGAAUCCGGAAAAGGAAAAGGAGGGCACACCCUCCACUGCCUCUCUCCCCUCCUAUGACAGUGUGACCAAACCUGACAAGGAGAAACAGGAGGAGAACGAAGGAAAGGGGGGAAGGAAGGAGAAGGGCCGAAACCAAAAAGACGUCAGGGAAUCUAAGUGUUAGAACACGGGAAUAAUAACGACAGUAAUAACAAUAAUGAUUAGAAUAAUGUAACUUCAAGCAAAGCGAGAGGAAACCAUCUAACCCACACAGAUGUACAGAUUAUUUCAUUUGCAAGUAAGAAAAAGAAUAAUAUUAAUAAUUUUGUUUACAGACUUCAUACUAUCGAUGCAGAGGGAAGCGGCUCCGUCUCCUGAAGCUUGAAGACACUUGAACUUGAUUUAAACCAAACAUAAUCAGCGUACUGUGUGACACUGUUGCAUCUAGACUACAGAUCUUAAAAGGGAAUGAAAACAGACAAAAUAUGGAGAGAAAUCCCUUUGUCUGCAAAAGGGCACAUAGUUCACUUAUUGGUGGGCUACACAAGGAGCAGAACUCUUCACUAAGAGGAAUGAAUGACAAAUACUGAUUAGGUAUCUAACGCGUGGGACUUCCACCAACAAUGGAUUCCUAUGGAAAAACAGUGCUAUGCAGGAAAAACAUGGAAAUACUGCUUGACUUGAAGAAUCAGCUUCCCAAAGCAGUAUCAUUUAGCAGACUCUGUUUCAUUUAAUUUAGACAUUUCUGGAGGACAUUUAUGGACAUUAUCACUCUGUAUGAACAAACAGAAGAACGGCUGAGGAGAGAAAGACAAAACAAAGACCCAAAGUAGCCUAAUAUAAGGGUUUUUUCUUUGGUUUGUUAAUGCUGAAUAUACUUGUAUCUCCACAUAAUUUGAGCAGCAAAAAAAAAAUCGAAAAGGUAAAAAAAAAAAGUAAAAAAACCAACCAUCAACAUUUUGCCCAUGUCACUUAUCUAUUCUUCUCAUUCUUUGUUAUACCCACAUCAAAAAGGCUUUUUCUACAUGGGAUUUCAUAAUGAUUGGUUAAGGGACUGUUUGUUAGGGAGUCAUCUUGGGCCAAGGGCAUACAUUUACUCAGACAGAUUUCCAAACAAAUACAUAAAUAAUUGUGCUUGUUCAAUGCAUAGAAAUGACUUGCAUGAUGGCAUGUUUUGAUCAGAGAUCUUGCAUGAAUAAUCAUAGUCCACAAGACACUAAUACUCAGACCACAGCAGUGGCUCGACCAUAGGUUUGAGGUUGUCCACUGUCAGAAAUUCAAAGUUAGAAGUAAAUCAUAUAUGAUGAGAAACUUUGUGGGGUUAAUAAACUAAAAUGGACCCUGUCUUUCUCUCUUUAAUCGACACUUUUCAAUCGACCUGUGUUAUAUUGUAGCCUCAGUAGGAAUAAGGAGUCUGGAAAUACAAAGAUGUUGAUGUUCUGAAUACCAACAUUGUGGAUUUUCUGAGGAGAAAUAUGAACUAAUUGUAUUACUGCUAUGGGAGGCAGAAGAGACAGGACUGGAUGUCUGUGUGUAUCACUGAGUGAGACAGGACUGGAUGUCUGUGUGUAUC